AUGUAUAUUCUCCGAAGUCGAAGAGCUUUUCCGGAGAGUGUAGAGAGAGUGAAGAGCACAGUUUCAGCCGGGGUGGGCAGCGGGUACGAAGAAGGCAGUCUCGUCGUAGGAGGGGCGCACCCGCGGGGUCAACCUGCGCUCGGUGACGUCACCCCUGCGACUUGGAGGUACAAAAGGGACAAGUGUUGGGAUUUUACUGGGCACCCCAUCUUGGGUCUAACCAAGGCCCAGCUACCCACGCGAGAUUUACAAACAAAGUGGAAAGAUUACUACAUUGCCAUACCCGUGAAAGUUAUAUGGCACCCGACCAAGACCCCACUCUUCCACACCUCCGAUCCACCAACCACCGCCGAGCGGCGGAGAAUCUGCACCGGAGGCUGCGACAGGCCGACAAACGUGUGCCUCUGCGAAAAAAUCCCAACCGAACCCAUCUCGACCCUCACCCAAGUCGCGAUCCUCCACCACCCCCACGAGCAGCGCCACAAGCUCGCCACCGUGCCCGUCCUCACCAAGUGCCUCCGCUGCUGCCAGGCCCUAGUCGGCCGCCGCUUAAACCUCGGCGACUCGCCUCUCCUCGAUUCUCUCUACAAUGCCGCCGUUGAAAACCCUAGUCGACCGUUUCAUGGCAGGGAUCUGUUUCCUAGUACAGAUUCAUCGCCUGCAAUUGAUAUCAGCAAGUGUCAAUCCUCAUUGCGUGGUUCUUACAUUAGCAAGUAUGUUCUGAUUGCUUUCGAUGGGACCUGGAAGCACUCUAAGGAGAUGGUACAAGCAAGUUUACCCUUUUUAUCAAAGUUUGCCAUUCGGGUGAGUUUAGAUUAUGUUGGGAUAGAAGGUGGGACCAUAUUUGAUUCAGAAUUGAUUCUUAGGAAGGAGCCCUUUAGCGGGUGCAUGAGCACAAUGGAGGCUAUUGCACGAGCUUUGUGUGUUCUUGACCCUCAUGGGGUUGAGAUUGAGGGUAGGUUGGUGGAGGUUUUAAGAGCUAUGGUUAGGUUUCAAGCUUGUUACUUGAUGCCCAUGAAGCCAAGGCCUAAGUUGCCGAAGAGGGGUAAGGAGGAUGAGAAGAACAAUCAGAGUGCUGUAGUGUUUGGUUUAUGAUUUUAAAUUGAAUAUGAAUGCUCUCGAUUUGGCCACACUUUUAUACCCUGUUAUGGAUAUCUUUGUAGCUUCCUUUAUUGAUGAUGUUGAGAAUGGACAAUUAAGUGUGGAA